AUGUUCCAAGCUCAUAGUCGGCUUCUUGCAUCUUGUGCAACCGUGAAAUCCUGUCCUCCGCAUGCUAUUGCUACUUCUGUUGCCAUGGCAACUGGUCAAGACGUUCAACGGUUGAGCCAUUUUGCCGCUCAAGUAAGUCUAAUUGAAGAGUUACAUGUAGUUGAAAGAGCGUUGAAUUUUAGUUGAGGCGCGUGUAGUGUAAUGCAUGUCUAGCCCAGUGAAGCAUUCAUAGGCGGUAACUACCUGGGUGUGAGCAAAAUCUUUCUUAUGACACGGGCCAGUUGCUAUCGAAAUAUCAUAUCAUUUGCCGUCGCGUUGUCAUUUGUAAAUCUGCCUUAUGGGUGGAAGGAACCAGAAAUUCGUUAAUAACUCCCUUAGCAUUGCUCGCAGGCUCAUUAUAAUAUCAUCCUCGCAGUCUGUUCUAAACAGAACAUUAUGGUUAGUGUCAUUGCUGUUCACUUAUGUGACAGGACACAUCAAGAACUAAGUUUCAAGACCAAACGGCUCAUAACAAAUAACGCCGCGGACGUGAUCAUGUGACUUUAUGCCCACCUCGAAUAUGUCAGAAUAACUUUGUCGAUGUUGGUUUUCAGAUGACCGAAUGCAGCAAACUUUUCCGCUGUCUGGGGGGAAAAUAUGGACAAUUGUACCGCUCCUCAUUCAAUGCGGACCCGGUCAGUCUGCAGAAUAUCGAAACGUAUCCUUUUAUUCAGCUUUUGUUCGAAAUGCUGUGAUUCUUGUUCCAUGUUUGAUUCCAAGCACUAAAUCUGAGUACAACGAAGUCCUUGAUGUAAGGAACCAUAUUCUUCGCCCCAGAAAGAGUUUCAAUAUAACGAAACCCCUUUAUAAACGAACACUUUUGCCAGUUCCGACCAGUUCCUUGGGCCUUAGCUCGCAAGCUCGCGAAAAAUCGUAAAUUUUACAGCUGCUUGCAAACCCGAGCAUAAGUGGGAGGCAGCGUGGCGGAGUGGUCAGUGCGCUGAACACCUGUUAUGGCUCCCUCUUUAUCAGGGUACGGGUAGAAUGUCUGUGAUUUUCUGUUUUUAUACUCUGCAUUUUUUUCCUGAAAAAGGUUAACUUAAAGAUGAUCAAUUAAAAUUCCUUGACAAGUUUCUCAGUCUUCAACAGAGCUGUUUAAUGAUUUCACACAGUAUUGAUGUCUUAAUGAAAACUUCUCAGCCAAGGUAAUACAAGUUAAUUUAGUCAUUUAAUGCGUGAUGUUCACAAGAGUGUAAUGUACUUUUCUCAGUUUGGUCCUGGACAACGUAUAUGUAGCUAAGCUGUUUUGAAGGUGAUAAGUCGUCCGGUGCUCUUCGUUACGUUACGUUUCGUGAUGUUGAGUAAUUUUACUUAAAGUUCCGUUGGGUUUCUCUACGUUGCGUUACGUUAUGUCACCGAGGCUUUACACGCAUGUUAGACCUCGGGAAGAUUUGUCUGUAUCUUCUGAGGGGCCCAUUAACGGGCAUCCAUAACAAUAUUUCUCGAGCUUAAAUUCAAUAUAUGUGCGAUUUUUAACAUGCUCAUCUGUAAACCUCUGAAGUUAUAUUUGGAUUUGUUUGUAGCUCGUCUUUAGGUGAGCAAGGAAGCAGUGUCAACAAGUCCUCCACGUUUAGACGUAGUCCACUUUCCCUGGCGUGCGCAGAAAUUCUACAAAUAGUAGAGGUUUGUCAUUGACUUCAAAUGUUAAUGGACUAUGACCAACAAAUAUACCCCCUUUUUUUAUUGGCGUUGUCAUACGUCUCUACCCCCUAACCCGUGGGGAUCUCUCUUCCCCCAACUCCCGCCGGGUAAGCGGGUGGUGACGUAUGACAUUUCAGACUAAUUCCAUUGGCGCUUUAUAAAGGGGAAAAGGGGAAAUUAAGCCAAGGCACGCGAGAAGCGAGUACGUGAAGGUUUCCUUCCCUGCUUCCUCGCGCGUUCCUUUUCCGUCCCGCCAGUCCCGCAGGUUGCGUAUCAUUAGGUAAACUGCUCACGAUAGCUUUUUCAGUUCUUGUCUCCUUUGUGGGACGUAAAAGAACCCCCACUACUGUUCAAAAACAGUAGGGGACGUAGACCCGGGUGGUGUGGCCAACCUUUCCUGGGGUGGGUGGGUUAUCUGUAAGGAGAGAUCUUAGUAUAGGGAUAACCUCAUGAUCCUCCUUCAGAAGUCGUAAUGGCUACCUGUAAACUGUGUAUUAUAUUGUAUUAUAUUAGUACACCUCACCAACGAUACUCAGCUAUAAAAAGGUGUUUAUUUCCACGAAAGUAGCUCCAGAAUUUCUUUGAAUGAAAACUAGCUCCUUCAUCUUUAAAACAUGUAUCACUCGCCUUACGAAGAGGCUCCUCGCCAGAUAUCCCCCAGUUUUUUGUUGUUUGUUUCUACAAGCUAACUACAGUCACCAAACGUUUAUUUUUUUAUUUGACUUUUACUGUAUAAUUUUUCUUAUCUCUUCAGGAGCUAGCAAUUCAGCUGGAAGCUCUUCCUGUUUGCCACUUGGUAAAGUGAUGAAUCAUUUAAUAAUAUCUAUGUAAUCAUAUAAAUGUACUGAACACUGACUAGACACGGUAAAUUAAUGAAGUUUUUUAUACUUCAGUACACUGGUUUCGCUUUCUAAUGAAGUAAUUUAUCAGUAAAGGAAUCAAAAUUAAUGUACCAAGGUGUGAAAACUUCCUUAAGUUAAUUUUUUCUGGAUCGAUGACAUAACUGACUUGGAUACUAACAGCCGGCUCACUUUUCAAACACCAAGUAGACUUUCGAAAAUGAAUAGCGCGGCAGAGUAUUUUUUUGACCAGUUAACUUGGGAAAUGUCAUGAUAUUGAUUUAUGGUUAUAUUUAUCGUUUUCCAGCAAACUGAAUGUCUCAUUCGGGCUUCCAUGACUCUCCUGAAGGUGCCGUUUAUUUUCCCUAAAUACUUUUUUUCUAGUCAGCAAGCCACGUUUACGAAGGUUUGUAGUCAAUAAUUUUCCAUGGAUCUAUUACGUUGAGUCCUAGAUUGCUUGUACAGCAGAAGCUCUUGUGAGCGGAAACUCUCGGGACGCGAAAAAGGUGCCCGUACCUGGAGCUGGCCGCUUACGGGAAUGUAAAAAUACAGAAAUUUUUUGUAGGAGAGUGGAGAAAAACGGAGUUUUUUUAAUGCGGCCGUGAGAAAAGCUGUCCUGUUAUGAGGGUGUCUGGUAGGAGAGCCUCCUCUGUAUACAGUCUUGAUGUUGUUGGCUUUAUAAAAGUCGUGGAAUUUUGUUUCCCAGUUUCCGUUUUUAUAACCGUUAUAUCGCUCGCUACGCGCUUCAUUUGGCUUGUCUGAACCAACCUUGCAUUAUUUGAUAUCGUUGUCUUUGGUUCACGACAUAACUUUUACACAGUUCAGAAAAGACAUUCUCUUCGCCUGAUACUAAAAGACCCAAAGAAAACCGCAAGGUACUAGUGGGAGUUUUUCUGUUGCACUUGCACAGAACCAGUAAUAAUGGGUGAAGUAGGGUGUUUUCUUUCAUGGAAAAUGCUGAAAAUUGCACUGAACCUACUGUAGUAAAAAAGGGCAGGCAUAGAAAAGAUGCUAAUUUUGUCUCGCGGUCCGUAUAAAAGAAUCUUUUUUAAAUUAGUUACAAUCAUUAAAGAGACAGGAGGCAACAUGUUUGAAAUGAACAUUAGGUAGAAAUUCCUUUCUUGUGACAACAAAACUGAAUCUGUUUAAUUUCUGUAACUCUUAUUUCCCAAUCAUCCUCACGUUUUUAACAACAAUCACUUUUGCUAAUAUUGGUCUCUCUUUGUAUCAUGCAGCUGGCGUUGUCACCUUCACCUCGGUCGCCUUCAGAACCAAUUUCGGUCACACUGGAUACACAAUUUGUUCUUAAGGUGGAAGGAGUCAUAGAGCGCAGUCAAGAGCUAGGUCAGAGUAUUGUUAGAAGUGUAAACACAAUCUUUUACUGACGACAAUAUUGUAGUAUGACCCGAUCGUUUUACAUUUGGUUUGAAAUUGGAAACCAGCUACGAUGUCACGAGCUAUUUUUUUACGAACCGGUUUUGCUCAUAUCAACCUUUCUGCAGUAGACAUUCUACAUCAUAGUUGCACCUUUGUCCUGAACUGGCUGACUGAGACUGUAAGUCUUAGCUCAACGCCAUAACCAAUCCCUUGUUCACAAUACAAGGACUCAAAGUUGGAUUAUGGAGUUAUCUUCACUAUUCAAUUUUAGUUUGUGUUGUUUUUCUUGUUUUUAGGACUUUACCGCGAUGUGCAGUCUGUUUGCUUGUCAGUAACAUGGCGCACUGAGGACAGAAAGCAACAACCUGUAGAUGGAAAGGUUUGUAUUUGUUUCUAGACUCACACUAGCUUUUGGCUUUUCAGACUCAGUGAGCAUAGACUGCAAAACAGUCCGUAUUUUUGCGUAUUCAAGUACCUACGCGCCGGCAAUCGAACAAAAGGUCUGGAACGAGGCUAAAAACAGAGAGCAAGACUGGGGAAAGAACCUACGGGCGUGUGAGGAUCGUGCGCUUUGCGCGCGUAAGACUCUUUCGCCACGCUUUACCGAUUUCUGUACUGCUUUUCUCUGGUGCUUGCAACACAAGCAGUCUAAAAGAUUUCUGAAAUUUCGGUGUAUUUUCUUUAUUUCAGACUUCCCGAGAUCACGUGACCAGCUUAGAACAAACAGUGGUUCCCUACCAUGAUUACUUUAGUGCCCAGUUCCUUCUCCAGUUUAGUACAGAGUCCAUUUAUCACGUGACUGUGUCUUCUAGUGUGAUUGACAGUUCCGGGAUAUUGUGGAACACAGGACCCCAGAAUACCCUGCAGGUUAAGACCACGGAUUCUGCCAGUAGAAAGCAGAGAACGUCUAGAUCAUAG